AUGGAUGACGGCAACAAUUUCGAUCGAUGCCCCGACGACGUCGUCGUCGGAAGCAUCCUCUCUCGCCUCCCAGUCUCCGAUCUCGUCCGUUUCGGAGUUAUCUCCCGGCGGUGGAGAAAUCAAUGGACAUCCGUUCGCUCCCUCGACUUCGCGGCCGAUCGCUACUUCAAUUUCCUCGAUAACACUGAAUCCUUCGACGAAGUCUUCACCGGCGUCUUAAACCGCCUCCAAUCGGAGUUUCCUAUCAACCUCAUCCGCUGCAGCAUUGCGCUCCCCCUCGGCGUCAAUAGCAUCGUCCUUAGCCGCUGGCUCAGCCUCCUCGGGGGGUGCUCCGUCCGCGACCUCGCCCUCCGCAGCCACACAGGAUACGUGUUCCUCUGUUCCUUCCUCAGCCUCGUCCCCUCGCUCGAACACCUUGAGCUCGCCCGCCACGUGCGCCUAUCCACCUCGCCUGACGACCCUUUUUUGCCGCGUCUCCGCUCCGUGGCGCUGUGCGGUGUCAAGAUGUCGAUCGGCGAGACGCUCGCGUUCUUCCUGUCGAAGUGCCCGGCCCUGGAGCGCCUCCGCCUUGACGGGUGCAUCUUCAUGGGGCAGACGCUGAGGGUCGUCGACGCGCCGCGUCUGAGUCACCUCGCGGUGCUCAACACCUCGCUGCGCGGGAUCGAGAUCGCCGCGCCUGCGCUCACCACCCUCGAGAUGGACGGCGUCUCCAUGGACAGGAAAGUCGUCCUCAACGUUCCUUCUCUUCGUUUCCUCGCCACCUCCUACGUUACCGGCAACAGAAAAUACUUCUUCUCCAGCAUCCUCGAGGUAAUUAAUUAA